UCAGCUGUUCACAUAGCCUCUCUCCUUUUAUGGUCAAACAGCUUCGCUUGGGCGAGGCCUUUUUGCUAGAUGUUAGGGAAGUCCUUAGGCCUGGUAACUCCACCUAGAGCCACUCCUCUUCCUCCCCCCUCCCCUUUUUGGCAGACAUGAAACUGAAUCAAGUCCAGAGUGGUGCGCAGGGGGCAGAGAGAGCAGGACGGGGAGGAAGGAGUGAAGCUGGGCUUGCGUUCCAGCAGUACUAGAGACUUUACAAGCAGCAGCAGCAGCAGCAGCAGCAAACUUUUAGUCCAAGGGACGCCACCCUUCUCUUCCUGAACUUCUCCCCAAAGGUGCUGAGCAGCCAGCAGCAAGAUGGCAUCAUCUGGUAGCCCGGGGACUCGCAUGACUUCAACAGUCAGCAUCAAUAUUUCCACCCCAACGUUCUACAACCCGCAGAAGAAGUUUGCACCAGUGGUUGCCCCUAAGCCCAAAAUGAACCCAUUCAAGGCUGGGGGUGCUGUACCUGGGAGUGCCUCAGAUCUACGACUGCCCCAGCCUUCUGGGGCUGGUGCCCAAUGUGCUCGGAUAGGGAAAGUGGGGGAGAUCCCACCAGCUGCAGCACCUUUGCUUGCUGAAGAACUUCCACUGCCACCUCCACCCCCUCCAGGAGAGGAGACAGUCAUCUCCCCAACCAGUGCUUUCCCCCCGCCCCCACCGCCAUUCGAAGAGCCCUUCCCCCCAGCCCCAGAAGAGGUUUUUCCUUCUCCCCCUCCCCCCAUGGCUGACAAGGGGCUUGUGCCUGGGGUACCUGCCCCACAGGUGCGUGGGAAGAUGAAUAGCAUUGAUCUGGAGAUUGACUCACUGUCCUCAAUGCUGGAUGACAUGGAGAAGAAUGACCCCUUCAAAUCCCGGGUGUCUCCAGGAUCCACAGCUCCCCUGGAAACACCUUCUGCCCCGAAAGGCCAUGUAGAAAUCAUGGCUGUGCCUAAAGAUCCCCUAGCUCCUGCUUCUUUCCCCCCUAAGUUCACUCCAAAACCCAGUGGAGGCUUUAUGCCAAAACCAUCUGAAGUGGACGUGGUCCCUGCACCAGCACCUUGGGCAGCCCCACUGCAACGUAGAGACCCCCCAGCAACGCAGUCCAGAGCACCAGCCCCAUCUGCACCCCUUCUUCCCUCAGGCCAGCCUGCCCCUAAAUUUACUCCCUCCCCAGUUGCCAGCUCCCCCAGAUUUGGAUCCAAACCAGCUGCCAGUGCUUCUGGGGUCCCCACAAACUCCAUGAGAUUUACUGCCCCACCCCCUGCUCAGACCCGAUUCACAGCCCCUUCAGCUAUGGGCUUGGCCCCAAGGCCCCAGCCUCCCAGUUUCACCUAUGCCCAGCAGCGGGAGAGACCUCAGGUGCAGGAGAAGCCACGUCCCACAGGACAGCCUGCUGCCCCACAGGACAUGCACAGGGCUCCUGUGGGCACUGGUUCAGAGUCCCCCAGGGGAAAUGUCUCACUGACCAUGAAAGAGGUGGAGGAGCUGGAGAUGCUGACCCAGAAACUCAUGAAGGAUAUGGAGCACCCGCCCCAUGCGGAAGCCUCCACUUCUGAGCUGUGCGGCCUCUGCCGGAGGCCCUUGUCCCGAACUCAGCCGGCUGUACGUGCUCUUGACCAUCUCUUCCAUGUGGAGUGUUUCACCUGCUUCAAGUGUGAGAAGCAGCUGCAGGGGCAGCAGUUCUACAAUGUGGACGAGAAGCCCUUCUGUGAGGACUGCUAUGCUGGUACCCUGGAGAAGUGCAGUGUCUGCAAACAAACCAUCACAGACCGGAUGCUGAAAGCCACAGGCAACUCAUACCAUCCCCAGUGCUUCACCUGUGUGGUGUGCCAGACCCCACUCGAGGGAGCCUCUUUCAUUGUGGACCAGGCCAAUCAGCCCCACUGUGUGGAUGACUAUCACAGGAAGUAUGCCCCCCGCUGCUCAGUCUGUGCCGAGCCCAUCAUGCCAGAGCCCGGAAAGGAUGAGACCGUGCGCGUGGUGGCCUUGGAGAAGAACUUCCAUAUGAAGUGCUAUAAGUGCGAGCCAACAGGGAUAUAAGUCCUAGAAGUGCCUUUGCUUGCUAUCGAAGCAAGCGUGUUCAACAGGAAACUGAUGAGUAGCCCCUCAAGUUGAAGCAGCGGAAGGAUCUUGUGCUGAGAGAACUUGGACUGGUGUGCCUUUUUGGAAAGGUGGUGUGGAACUAGAGCCUGCUGAUUCCUCCUGUUCCCACCACACUGGAACAUACUCCUAGCCAACUAAACCUGUGUGAAAUGGGGGUGUCCAGACUGAUGCAGGGGCAUUUUGAGAACUGAUUGGUCUUUUGAAUUUAAGGGUUUUUAAAAAUCUAUGCUUCGGCUUUGUUUGAGGUGUGUGGUUGGUUGGUUUGUUUGUUUUUUUGUCAGAGCACAAGCAGUUGAGGCUUUUCUGGGAUCAGGGAUCGGGAGAAGGCAAUGUGUGAUUUUGUUUUUAAACAAAAUCAGCUGUAACACCUCCAUAGUUUAGAGUAGGAAUUCAAAAACUGGCCUGUCAUGUGUUGAGCGAAGUUGUCUUUUGUUGUACCUGUGACUUCCAAGUAUUUGCCAAGUUAUCUAUGCCUCUAAACAUUUCACUGUUUGCCCAAGCUCAGUGCAGCUUACUCUACAGAUGGUCCUUGAUUUUGAAGAAUGUUCCAAGUGCAUAGGCUCUCAGUACCCCUUUGUUUAGGGGAAGAUGCACCAGGCUUGAAGUCAGCGGAACAGGGCCUCACGUAUAGCCUUUUCUACUGCCUGGUGUUAAUGUUUCUGUAUACUUCAUAACCCUUGUGGCUAAACAAGGCUGCAUGUCCCUACCCAAGGGGCAGACAAAUAUUCUUCAUUCUUUACAGCUGGAGGCAACUGAGAAAUUGCACAAGCUUAUGAUCACAUUACAUACAUUCUUUCUCUUUCCCUCCCUAUUCCAUUAUAAAGGAUAGAUAUUGGCUGAAGAAGGAUUGCUUGUGGGAUGCCUACCACACUGGAAGAUGUGUAGACAAUUAGGGAGGAGGUUGCAUAAAAGAUGACUUUGUGUUUAAGCCCCUGGAUUGGAAACUAGGCAGUUUUUCUGUGUCUGACAUAGACUUCAAGCUGCUAUUGGGCAAAUCACUUAAACCAGAGUGUUUGCAAGAUUGCUAAUUGUAUGCUUCUCAUUUUCUGGAGGCCCACCAUGAAAUACUUAUGACCUGACUUCUGCAAUUGUGAGAACGCUCUCAACUAAAGUUGGAGACAAUGGGUGCUGAAGAUGGUCGUUGCACCAAAGGGGACUUAAAAUAGUGGUCGUACACAACUUUGGCUUUAAUGUCUCUGUGCCUGUGUUAGUUCUUCAGCUAUCUUAUCUCCAUCUCUCAGGGAUGUUCGGAAGUUGCAUUCAGUUGUGUGGGAGGCUCUCUGCCAUUGUCAAAGAAGCCCAAGAGGAAAUGAAUAUUUGUUCCUGCAGUCAAUAAAAGAAAUAUUGGAUAGCUGCCUCAGUGACCUGAGCACCAUUGUUCUUGUGCACUGAAUGAGGGAAGGGUCCUAGAGAAAGAUAGUAUGUGAUCAUGUAUAUAUUGUAUCCCAAUAUAUACUAGGGUUACAGCAUAAGGUACGAUGACAGUAGGGAAUGUGUUACUGAACGUGGUGAUUGUGAAUAAAUGUGGCUAUUGCUGUGCAAAUAAAUUAUUUAGCCCUGUG